AUGAGCUUUCAAUACACAAUGAUGGACAGAAUACAGGAUCGACUGCAAUUGAUCAGUCGAGCGAGAAGCCAUCGUGUUACGAGGUCGACCCCGUAGCUUAGUCCCGGCGCCCGCGGCGACCAGGCCUCAGGGUCGUCCGAGGAAGACGGAGGAGGAGACGGAGGAGGCGGCCAUAGCCAAGUCCGAGAGAGCAGCACAGCAAGCUACCGAAAGAGAACUUGAUGAUGAACGUGCAAGACAACUCAAGGAAGCGGAGCGAGCUAGGCUAGAGGCCGAGCGAGCGCCUCAACGCCAACUCAUAUUAGACGAGCAGAUUCAGCGAAUGCAGGUCAGUUGUGAAAGCCCGAUUUGCGAUAUAGAUCAGUGGGAUCUGAGUGUCAAAACCUGUUAGGCAUGUGGCAUUGACGUCAGAAAUGAAACGUGCCGCAUCCUUCCAUACAGUUUCCCCCUGCAAAAGUGUACACUGUGAGCCGGGCUACACUCCCGUCGCCCGUAUCCCUUCUGACUAAUGCAUGUCCGUGGCUCCUAAUCUUAGACUCAAGCAACUCUCAACUUUGCACCGGCAAAAAACUUCACCCCAAACUCCGUUUCCAGAUGGCUCGUCUGCCAUACCUUCCGCAUCCGAUGCCUCAGUCUCGACCAACUCCACGUCGCGCUCGAUUCCGACGUCGGUCGGAUCGGCAUUGCCCGACAAUUCAGACUCUUUCAACAGUCUCGAAGGAGGCAUCCACCGGAACCUUCGCCAACGGUUUCCAAAGUCUGGUGUUUCUCCGUGCCAUGCCAAUGCGUGCUUGGCUGACUACGUGCUAGUGCACAAUCUCACGGUCAGUCCAACUCCACCAUCGCGAUUCGAAGAAGCGGCAACCACUCUCACCCAUUACCCCUUGUGUUCGCAGGUUGGGACGUUCAGUCGUACCGGAAAACCAUUCGUGGGGCACUACGACCUCUGGCACACUGUGGAAUUACAUCGUCUGAGGCGCAAGACCUCGGCAUUUCUCCCACGGCACUCAAUCACUGUGUCAGAUAUAGUCAACCCGCUGCUCUACACCACCAAAACAUUCGGCAUCGUACCUGUUGUUCAGUCGCCAACAGCGCAAAUGCGCUUUUUGAUCGAGCCCUAUCAUAUCGAGCGCGGGACUCUGCGUUUGGAGCCCGUCAAGUGGUCGCCAUGGAACUUGCUGCAAAACAAUACGCCGGCGAUACAGCAUAUGCAAAGCCGGCUGCCAACCGAUCGCAAGCUUCGCCACGACUGGCUAGCGGAACGUCAGGGUACUCGAUUCGCUGUAUUGCAUGUCCAUACACCCAGCGAACGAGCGCUAUACAGAUAUCUCGCAAGCAAGGUACGACUGGGAGCUCCUCAAUCUUCGGAUAUUCGAGAUUACCGAGCUUUGGAACAAGUAUGCCAACGGAAUAGACAUUUUUUACAAAGUAUGUCCCGUCUGUGUCACACUGAAUGGUGAUGUUGAGCUGAAGCGCAAUUCUCACACAGAUGCCAGAGCACAUCAAUACAUGGGCAUCGAGAUGGUCGUCGCUGGCAAAUGUUCAAGCCACAAUGAACAUGGUUGGGAACGACGUCAGAGUGAUUCAAGCUUUGCUUACCGACCCCUCCCGCGGUCGUGAUGUCAGCGUGCUAACGGCUGAGCCAUUACUCGGUCACAAACCGCCAGUCUUGGGGAGGCUUACGGAGGUAGAAGUCGAUGCCUCGGAUCCUCCAACGUCAUCUAUCCGCCCCUUAUUGCAACUGCCUCGAGCGACGCUGGUUCGAGCGCGGGCUUGGGCACGAGCAGCGCUUUGACGCGCGCGGGUACCACAAAAGGGGCAAGGCACUGUCGAUUCUGUGGCCAAACUACUUGUCGACGCAAGGGGUCAAAACUAAGCGAUGACGGAUCGAUGACUGGGUGUGACGGGGCGUGCUUGGACUGCGGGAAGCCUUUCGGGCUGACAGACGAGAUGGAUUCGAACGACUCACAAUCACGAAGGUUCUGUAGAGGACUGA